GGUCACACUGGUUUGCCGGCCAAAAAUAUAAACAAACAAAAAAAGAUAAAAUAAGCAAAAUAUGUUUGGAACGCUUGCUAACUACCUUACCAGCGUUGGGCGCUGUGCCGAGGCCUGCAGUGGCCAAAGUCUGAGCACGUUUCUCUCACUGCGCGACGUUCACGUACAGAACGACAAGCUGCACGUUGCGCAGCCCGAGAAGAUGGUGGAACGCUACUUGGAUGCGCCGCUGGACGAGGUGUUCGGCGCCCAUCUGAAGGUGCUCUACAAUCUGGCCCAGAGCCCGCCCAACUACAUGGAAGCUUACACGCAACAGUCGGCCUGUUGCUCGGCGGUGGUGAAGCUGCUGCAGAUGCUGAAGGACGAGAACUGGUGCCUGCCGGUGAUGUACCGCGUGUGCCUGGACCUGCGCUACCUAGCACAGGCCUGCGAGAAGCAUGGCCGCAGCUUCACACCCGGCCAAAUACUGGAGAAGGCAGCCGACUGCAUGAUGGCUUGCUUCCGCGUGUGCGCCGCCGACGGACGCGCCUCCGAGGAGGAGACCAAGCGCCUGGGGAUGAUGAACCUGGUGAAUCAGCUGUUCAAGAUUUAUUUCCGCAUCAAUAAGCUCCAUCUGUGCAAGCCCCUCAUCCGAGCCAUCGACAACUUUGCGUUCAAGGACACCUUUCCACUGCCCGAGCAGAUUACCUACAAAUACUUCGUCGGCCGUCGCGCCAUGUUCGACUCCAACUACCGCAUGGCUGUCGAGGACUUGUCGUUUGCCUUCACCCACUGCCCGGACCGCUUCGGCAGCAACAAGCGACUGAUACUGAUCUACUUGGUGCCUGUGAAGAUGCUGCUCGGCUACCUGCCCAGCAAGGCGCUGCUCCAGCAUCACGAUCUGCUGCUCUUCCACGACCUGGCCCAGGCCCUGAAGGCCGGAAACGUCAACAAGUUCGACGAGAUUGUGCGCGACAAUGAGCAGGUGCUGAUCCGCAGCGGCAUCUACUUGCUGGUCGAGAAGCUCAAGUUCAUCGUCUACCGCAAUCUGUUCAAGAAAGUCUUCGCCAUCCGUCAGACGCACCAGCUGGACUUGGGCGACUUUAUGACCGCGCUGCAGUUUGUUGGCGUUACGGACGUCUCCCUUGACGAGACGCACUGCAUCAUUGCCAAUCUCAUCUACGAGGGAAAGAUCAAGGGCUACAUUUCAUAUGCUCACAACAAGCUGGUGGUCUCCAAGCAGAAUCCCUUUCCCCCACUGAUAUCAGUGUAGUGCAUUUUUCGAUUGAGUUUCAACAUUAUUAAGUUAAAAUUGAUUAUUCUUAAGCGAUUGUUUGAUUGAGCGGAUCGAAGUCUUUUAAAAUAUAGAAAACAGCAGCU